UGGGGAGUCGCGGGAGGAUCAGAGAGCGGAGGAGAGGAAGGAGAAGCUGGAGAUGUCCACCCUGGGCUGGUGGCGCCGCCGGGCGCCCGGUGCCGUGUGGGUGCACUGAGUGGCUUGUCCCAGCCGGGGGUGUGCGGCUUGCCGCGUGCUGGGAGCUCGACUCUUUUGGUUUUCUGCCCUUCUUGGAGAACGACUGGCCAAGGGGAGAGCUACUAGAUCCAAGUGCUUGGUAGCUGGAUCCAGACAGAGCCUCACACUGAGGAGGAGGGGCUCAUCGACUGCCCACCAUUCCUGAGAAGCUCAAGCCUCAGGUGCGAUCAACAAAAGCCAGACAACUUUGAGGAACUUGCCUCUCUACUGAAGAAUCACAGGAUGUAUCAGCAGGAAGACGAUACCAACAGCGACAUGACCAGCGAUGAUGAAGUGAGCCGAACUGGACGCGAAACCCCACCACCUCGAUCUGUCCAUUCUUUCAGCAGUGACCGGGACCGGGAGCGGGACCAGGAACGGGAAUGGGACAGAAGGGGCAGAAGCAGAGAUGUGGAGCCUCGAGACCGCUGGUCAUACACCAGGAAUCCCAGAAGCAGGCUGCCUCACCGGGAUCUUUCCCUUCCUGUGAUGUCAAGAACACGUUUUGAAAUGGAAAGAGAUGAUGACAGGGACUCGAUGAGUUAUGAGUCCCGAUCCCAGGAUGCUGAAUCAUACGAGAAUGCCAUGGAACUCAACGAAGACAGGAAACCUCAGAAUCCAAUUCAGGACAACUUGGAAAACUACAGGAAGCUGCUCUCACUGGGGGUACAGCUUGCCGAAGAUGACCGCCACUCCCACAUGACCCAAGGCCAUGCAUCAAGGUCCAAGAGAAGCUCCUACCCAAGCACCAGUCGAGGUCUGAAAAUUAUGCCUGAUGCCAAAAAGUCAACCCACCGCCGGGGAAUUUGUGAAGAUGAUUCUUCCCACGGAGUGAUCAUGGAAAAAUUCAUCAGGGAUGUAUCGCAUGGCUCCAGAUCAGGAAGAGCAAGAGAGCUGAAUGAUCGGCCUCAGAGGUUCCCGUUCCCCAGGAUGUCCAAUGAUAACUGGAGGGACAGUUCAUUAAAUAAUAGGGAGUCACUGGCCCAGGACAGGGCUUAUGAAGGGAAUGUGUUUAGGGGAGGCUCCAGAUUCAACCCAGACCCUGUUUCUAGAAGGAGAAUUCUGGAAAGGAAAAGGCACUAUCAUUUUGACAAUGACGGGGCAGGCCCAGCUUACAUUCAUAAUGUGUCCAUCAGGAAGAAGCCCUUUGCAUGUGGUAGUGAGAUGAGAAGGGCCAUGAGCAUGGGCAGCCUGAGCAACAUUGGCAACUCUUCCUUCUCCCAGUUGCAGCCAGGUGAUUCGGGGGGAAUACCUUAUGUAUGUGACGAGUGUGGGAGGUCAUUUGGUGUCAUCUCAGAAUUUGUUGAGCACCAGAUCAUGCACACUAGAGAGAACCUCUAUGAGUAUGGAGAGUCCUUUGUCCACAGUGUGUCUGUCACUGAUGUUCAGAAUGGUCCGGGUGGAAGUAAGCACUUUGUGUGCAAGGAGUGUGGAGAAACAUUUAGUAACAGUGCUGCCCUAGCUGAGCAUCAGAAAAUUCAUGCUAGAGCACAACCCAAGAAUCAGGAGAAUGAGAAAAGGGCCAUUUCCAGUCCCACCUUCAGUGAGCUUAAGAAGAUGUAUGGCAAAGACAAAUUCUAUGAAUGUAGGGUGUGCAAAAAAACCUUUUUUCACAGUUCUGCCCUGAUUGAGCACCAGAAAAUCCAUGGUCAUGGCAAUGUUGGGGAUAACAGAGAUAAUGAACCUGAGCGUGAACGUGAGCGUGAACGUGAGCGUGAACGUGAACGUGAACGCGAGCGCGAACGCGAACGCGAACGUGGGUUUGAGUAUGGGCAAACCUGCAUUUCCAGCUCAGCCCUUAAUGAUUUUCACAAAAUAUAUGGAAAAGAUAAAAUCUAUGAAUGUAAGGUGUGUGGGGACACCUUCCUCCGUAGCUCAUCCCUGAAAGAGCAUCAGAAAAUCCAUGCUAGAGGAAACCCAUUUGAAAAUAAGAGUAAAAUGUGUGAGGAAACCUUUACUCCCAGCCAGUCCCUUAGAAGGCGCCAUAAAACUUACAAGGAGAAGCUAUUCAACUUUAGCAAUGGCAGGGAUCGCUUCAUGCCCAGCACAAACCUCAGUGAGCAUCAGAAAAUUCGUUCUCGACAGAACAUCUUUGAAGGCAGGGGAUAUGAGCGAUCUUUCAUUCACGGUGUACCUUUCACUGAGUCUCAGAAGAGUCAUACUAUAACAAGACCACCUGAAAACACGGAUGAUGAGAAGGCAUUUACAGUUAGCACUAACCCUAAUAAAAAGCAAAAAAUUUCCACUAUGGGAAAUGCCUCUGAGGGGAAAUCAUAUGAAAGUUCUGCAACUCAUAGCUUAGGCUCUGCACAAGCUCAGAAAAGUCACAGUGCAGUGGGGUUCACUAAGCCAACAGGAAUUUCAGGAUCUACCAUUCAGAGCACAGAUGUUAAUAACCACCAACAAAAUGUCCAUUCUGGAGGGAAUAACUAUGAAGGAAAGGAAUACAAGGGGUCCAUUUUCCGUGGCUUGGCUGCCCCACGCCCUCUGAAACGUCACAGAGGAAAUGACCGGGUGGAAGGUGAUGAGAAGGGAGAGUCCUCCAUUUACAUCUCAGACCUUAAUAAUAAGCGACGGAAGAUUCCCACUACAGAGAAUACUUACAAAGGAGAUAAGAAUAACAACCACAAGGAUUCUGCUACACAGAGUGGAUCCCAUGCUGAGGCUCAACAAAGUCUUGCUGAAGAAGGAUCUGGUGAAAUGAAGCAAGAUGACAAAUUUUCUGUUCCCACCACAAGUGUCCGUGAACACCAGAAGGCCCGUGCCAAAAAGAAAUACAUUGAGUGUAAGAGCAAUGAGACCUCUAUGAUUCAUUCCCUGUCUUUCGAUGAGCUGCAAGUCAUCCGCCCUAGAGAGAGGUUCUUUGAAUGUCAUGAGUGUGGCGAGGCCUUUGCUUAUAGGUCUGACCUCACUGAACACCGGAAGAUUCAUGAUAGAGAAAGGCCCUUUGGAAGCAGACGUUUUGAACGAUGCGUCCUUCGUAGCUUGGCCCCUACUGACCCUCAGACAAGUUAUGCCCAAGAACAAUAUGCUGAAGAACAAGCACGCUUAUUUAGGGAAUUUGGACAACGUUUUAUCACCAACAAUAACCUCAGUGCACAGAAAAUCUAUGCUCAAGAGAAAGUUCAUGGAGAGGAAACCCAUGGUCCUGAGACCCAAGGUCAGGAGACCCACAGUGAGACGAUGCAUGAUCAGGAGACCCACGGUGAGAAGUCCCAUAAUCAGGAGACCCACUGUGAGGAGACCCAUGAACAGGAGACACAUGAUCAAGAGACCCACGGUGAGGAGACCCAGGGUGAGGAGACCCGUGGUGAGGAGACCCACGGUGAGGAGACCCACGGUGAGGAGACCCACGGUGAGGAGACCCAGGGUGAGGAGACCCAGGGUGAGGAGACCCAGGGUGAGGAGACCCACGGUGAGGAGACCCACGGUGAGGAGACCCACGGUGAGGAGACCCACGGUGAGGAGACCCACGGUGAGGAGACCCAGGGUGAGGAGACCCACGGUGAGGAGACCCACGGUGAGGAGACCCAAAAUCAGGAGACUCAGGAGACCCACAAUGAGGAGACCCAUGCUGAAGAGCCUCAUGGUGAAGAGCUCCAGGCCCAUGAUGAGGACACCAAUGGUCAGAAGACUUCUGGUGAGGAACUACAUAGCAAGGAGCCUCAUGGUGAUGAGCCCCAUGGUGAUGAGCCCCAAGAUGAGAUGACCCAUGGUCAGAAGACUCAUGAUAAUGCGCCCAAUGGCCAGAAGUGUCAUGGCGAUGAACCCCGAAGAAAUAAUCGCAAUAGCAGAAUCUAUGAGUGUCCCGAGUGUGGGGUGGGUUUUUUGAGUCUCGUAGACCUUACAAACCAUCAGGCCGUCCACAGAAGAACAAGUCUUGUUGACAGUCGUGAAUACACACAUUCUGAAGCGCACACCCAUUCCGUCAGUGAGUAUGAGAAAGAAUACACUGGGGAGCAGCUGUACGAGUGCACAAAAUGUGGGGAGUCUUUUAUUCACAGCUCAUUCCUUUUUGAGCACCAGAGAAUCCAUGAACAAGACCAGCUCUAUUCACUGAAGGGAUGUGACGACGGCUUUAUCGCCCUCUUGCCUGUGAGGCCCCGGAGAAACCGUGCGGCAGAGAGGAACCCGGCCGUGGCGGGCUCAGCCAUCCGAUGCCGCCAGUGUGGGCAGGGCUUCAUUCACAGCUCCGCCCUCAACGAGCACAUGCGGCAUCACCGAGACGACGAGUACCUGGAGCAGAACGAACUGGCCGAGGAGAUCUUCAUUCAAAGCCUGGUCCUGACAGAAUACCAGGAGAGCGAAACCGAAGAGAAACUCUUCGAGUGCACCAUCUGUGGCGAGUGCUUCUACACGGCCAAAGAGCUGGGCGAUCACCACACCAAGGUUCACAAGGACGAGCCCUACGAGUACGGGCCCUCCUACACGCACACCUCGUUCCUCACCGAGCCCCUGCGCAGGCACAUACCCGUGUACGAGUGCAAGGACUGCGGGCACCCCUUCAUCGACGACACCAUCAUCACCGAGCACGUGAUCUUCCACUCCGACGACGACGACGACGAGAUCGUCACCGCGCAAGUGGUCGAGGCCAACGUCGUCAUCCCCCAAGUCGUCCUGCGCAUCCAGGCCUCCAACGUGGAGGCCGCCGAGCCGGAAGUGGAGGCCGCCCAGCCGGAAGUGGAGGCCGCAGAGCCGGAAGUGGAGGCGGCGGAGCCCAACGGAGAGGCCGAGGGGCCCGACGGGGAGGCGGCGGAGCCCGACGGAGAGGCCGAGCAGCCCAACGGGGAGGCCGAGGAGCCCAACGGGGACGCGGACGAGCCCGAUGGGGCGGGCAUUGAGGACCCAGAAGAGCGAGCCGAGGAGCCUGAAGAGGAUGAGGAGGAAGAUGAAGAUGACGAAGACGAAGAUGAUGAUGAAGAGGAGGAGGAAGCCCAGGAGCCCGGGGGAGACGCCGACGAGCCCGACGGCGCCGGGAUCGAAGACCCUGAAGAAGAAGGCGAGGAGCAGGAGAUCGAGGUGGAAGAGCCGUUCUACAACUGCAACGAGUGCACGGGCAUCUUCCCGUCGAGCGCGGCCUUCAGCGAGCACCUCAAGAGCCACGCCAGCAUGAUCAUCCUGGAGCCCGCCAACCGGGGCGAGUUCUCGGGCCACCACGAGCGCGCGGGCACCAGCGCCGGCGGCGCCGACCACCACCACCACCUGCACCUCCACGACGACGUGGACGACGACAAGUACUUCCGGUGCGACGUCUGCGGCCAGCUGUUCGACGACCGCCUGUCCCUGGCCCGACACCAGAACACCCACACUGGCUGAGAGCAAAGGUUGUCCUCCUCCCACCCCCACCCCACCCCACCCCACCCCACCGCCGCCCCACCGCUCGAGCCCUUAGCUGCAGGCGUUAGAGGACUUAGCACCAACCUGAUGAUGAUGUCAGUAAGAAACCUAGACUUCCCGUGCACACACCUGAUGUGACCUUUAGAAUCAGACUGACCUGCUCCUUUAGAAUCAGACUUAACCCGCUUUGGUCUCAGCUUUUCCCUGUUCAGCAUCACCGUUAGCAUGGGGGAAAGCUGUAGCCAAGUAUCUUACCUUUAAUCUUAGUAACCGGAUGGACAAAGACCCUUCGGAUAUUCUAGAACCAGCUGUGACACUCCUAUGACCUAUCUAUAAUGAUACCUAACCAUGUAUAUAAGUGAUCAGAUCAUAGCAACACAAUGAUCACAUAUAUUUGGAUUUUUCAUAUGAUAUACAGUUACAGUUUACUCACGGAGGUACCUUAUGUGGUACUCUUUUUUUUGGAGGAGGAGGAAGAGAGCAACAAAUUAGCAUAUAUUUGUAAGUGUUUUAGAACCCGAGAAAGACUGUGCAUUAUUUGAACCCCAUUGGUAUCUCUUUCAGUAAUUGUGACUGUUUCGUUCCUUACUCUUAGUCUUAGUGAAGGUGUAGGCAUGAAAGAUAACAUGUCUUUUCAUCUUGGCUGUUUGAAAAGAAAAGGCAUUUGUCUGCACCAAAACCUCCAAACUUAAUGUUGUGUAAGCCUUUACAGUAUAUGGAUUGGCCUUUGUGAUCCCAAUCGACCUGUUGCCACAUUGUAUAUACCUCAUUGUAGUUCUCAUGCAAAAACGUUACAAUUGGAUUUUUUUAAACCAACUCAACAUAUGUUCAAUAGUGAAUUCAUAAAAUCCUGAAGCUUUCCCCUGUAAAUCUUGUCUUUGCCUUUAAAGAAUAGGUUACAACCAUCACUAGAUCACAGCAGUGCCUAAUGAAGGUUGAGAACCACAGGAGAGGCUCUUAAGCUGUAAAUAAGGAAGCAGGCUAACAACCUUUCAUUACUUCUGCUGUAUACUUCCUGCCUUAAGUGACAAGUGGCGACAUUGCUUAAGUCACCUGUGUGGUGUCAGUGUGUGCUGCCACAAGUCAGUUUGCUCUCUGGGUGCCCAGGAGCUAGUAUCUUUAGAUAUUUCUGUCUGUAGACUUAAUUCUGUUCUUUACCUGUCUGUCUAAUCCAUGUGUAACUUGCAUUUAAAAAAAAAUUGAAAAGCAAAAACACACACAAAAAAAGCUUUCUUUAUAGUUAAUCCAAGCUUAACAUGGACUCAGGUUCCCCAGCAGCCUUAAUUUGUUUCGUUAUCAUUAGUUAUUUCUCUUUAAGCCUGCCUAAGUAUUUCUGAGCUGUCUGUUUAAUGUGUUUCUCUGAAGCCCUUUUUUUCCCUCUUAAUCACAAACUGACCUCACAGCUUGAGGUUUUCCCAUGUCCUGUACUGUGGGCCACCUGCACUCUUUUGCUUCCCCUCCCCUCACAUAAUGGCUAUGUAAUGGAUUUUUGUUUGUUUGUUUGUUUUUGGCCUUCAGUUGGCUGGGAAAAAAAAUUUAAAAAGUUAAAAAUUAAAAAAUUUUUAAAAAGUGGAUCAGUAGAUGAAGAAAGCAAAAGACAAAUGAGAUCAUUUGAGCAAGAAAAUUAAAAAAAUACCUGCUGGGUGAAUUAUGUGUGCAUCUUACUCUUAUAGAUCCACAGGACUCAUGGGAAGUAUGUCCAGAUUUUCAAGAAUGCCAAAGUCUAGGGAGGCAGUCUGAAAAGCUGAGAGUAAGAAGCAAAAUUGAAUAAGCCAAAGAAGGGAGUCCAGGCAUAUCACCAGACCUAGAAGGGAAAGGAGACAGAACAAAAUCCCAGUAGGAAAAGGUUGGAAAGCCAGUGCUAUAAGAAGGAGUUGAGUGGGGUGUCCUGGGUAGUUGGAAGAAGGGGCCUUUCUGAUGGCAUAGUAUAAGUGAAGGCCAGCUGCAUAGAAAGAUACAAGGUUGGAACUGAUAUCCAAGGGAAAAAUGGGAGGCAGUGAGACACUGCACAGGAAAAGCAUCCUUGAAAUAUGUGUUGUCAUCAGAGUUAAAUUUGGGGUGUCACCGCGAGCAGUGUUACUUGUUAGACCCUUUUCAGAAAGCAUCUUGCUAAGACAUCGGUGUCCAUCCCAACCAUAAAUGAGUGGAAAAUUAGGAACGACAUAAAUGCUAAACAAUAGAGGAAUAAUAAAGUAAAUGUAUCCUUGGAUUCUUAAGCAGCUGUUUAAAAGUGAUAAUCGAAGAGUUAUGUAGCAGAUAUUUACAGAAUAUUAAGUGAAGAAAGCAGGACACAAGAUUAUAUUUAUACUACAAUUAUAACUUUCAAAAUGUAUGCUUAAAUAGUCAAAAGCUAUUGUGUUGUUGUAGGCUUUAUAGUUGAGCAUUAUUUUCUUAAAUUUCUUGAAUGUUCUUUAAUGGUAGUGUUAAGACAUUAAUGAUCCCAUUUUCCAUUGUGAACAUAAUUUGAACUCAUUACCUGGAAAAUACAGAAAAGUGGAGGAAAAAUAAUCCAUCUUCCCACCAUCCAAAGAUAGAUAAUAUCUCUUCAAUAUCUUGUUUAUUCUUGUUACUGUGCACAGGUUUAUAUUACAACUGUGUCAAAAUGUGUAUUCAAGAUAGCUGUCAUGUUAUUCUUACGUAAUUACGGUUAAACACUUUCAUCUUAAGUUUUUCAAAUGCUCCCUAUUAAGUGUCCUGAUAACAAAAUUUAUUAUGCAUGUCACCAUUAGAAGCAUAAUAUUUAUCCAGAGGAAAGAUUGGAAAAUACAGUAAACAAUUAAGAAAAAGGAAAACAUUUCACCCAUGUUCCCAACACCCAACAAUUGUGAAGAUUUGACUCUAUCUCCUCCAUCUUGUUUCCAGUGCAUAAACUUGUGAUUAUGACAGUGUUAAGUAGAUAUGCAUAAAACCUAAAUAUUAAAAAACAUGGAAAACAAUUGAAAAAUAGUGUUGUGGAAUUAUGGUUAAGUAUUUUGCUUUCAUCGUAAAGACAGACUCAUAGAAAACUGAGAAAUGCGGUUAAGUAGAAGAAAAUUCACUCAUGAUUUCAACAACUAUUGUUAACACCUGGAUCUGUGCACCAGUAAGUGAUAAGUAUGUGUGAGUGCCAAAAAUGGGAAGGCACAUGAAAACAGCUGAGAAACAGUUGUGUGCUUAGAAAUGGUUGUUGUGGAAUUACAGUGCAGUGUAUUUUCUCAGUUUCUUUGAGUGGUCUUUACCAUAGUGUUUUAAUAGUUCACUUUUAUUCCAUAGAUUUCCAUUAUAUAUGUAGCACACAUUCUAGAAACCUUGACGCUGUGAAAAUGUAGAAGAGAACCUCACCCAUGUUUUCACCAUCCAAAGACUGUGUUAACAUCUUGAUAAUUUUCUUUGUCUUACUUCUGUGCACAGGUUUUUGGUUUGUUAAUAUGGUUGUGAUUGUUCUAUCUUGUAAUAGUGUCAACAAUAAAAAUAAAGUUAAAAUAAAA